AAAGCAGUCAAGAAGUGCUGAAAUUGCCUCCAGGAUGCAGAAGAAAUAUGAUGUUAACUCAUCUUCUCACAUUUCUUCAAAUUGUCUCCAUCCUUAGCCCAUAAGGAGCUCAUAAACUGCAGGUUUAGAACCCAAUUUACCUUCCGGUCAAUCAACAAAAUGCUGCAGCGUAACUGCUCCCUCACUGCUCUUUUCACACCUGAUGCCACAGUCCUCAGUGACGUGGGCUGCCCCGACGCUUCUGUGAUGUGUGGGAUGAAUAUCUCCUGGGUGUUGGCUAAUGCUACUGCUCAGGAUCUGUAUGACAUGUGUUUAAGCGAGGAGGAGUACCUAUCCAUGCAUCUGGGCCCGGUCAGGUCCCCUGUGUUCCUUCCUGUCUGUGUCACCUACCUUACCAUCUUUAUGGUGGGCGUACUGGGCAAUUCUCUCACCUGCACUGUGAUUUUGCGCAACAGGGUGAUGCAGACGCCCACCAACUACUACCUGGUGAGCCUGGCAGUCUCUGACCUGCUGGUGCUGCUGCUGGGCAUGCCAUUAGAGCUCUACGAAAUGUGGCAGAACUACCCCUUCCUGCUCGGGGAGGGCGGUUGCUACUUUAAAACCUUCUUAUUUGAGACUGUCUGCUUCGCUUCCAUCCUUAAUGUUACAGCGCUGAGCGUGGAGCGCUACAUGGCGGUGGUGCACCCCCUCAAGGUCAAACACAUGACCACACAGGCUCACGUAAAGAGGGUCAUCUUCAUGCUGUGGGUGCUUUCCAUGCUGUGUGCUGUGCCAAACACUAGUCUGCAUGGCAUUGUGGUGCUGCCUUCAUGGUUUGGACGAGAGUUCCCCCGAUCUGCUAUCUGCCAUGUGAUUAAGCCCAUCUGGGUGUACAACCUCAUCAUCCUGAUUUCCACGUUGGUGUUCUUCCUGCUCCCCAUGAUGAUAAUCAGCAUCCUCUACCUGAUUAUUGGUGUGCGGCUGCAGAGGGACAGGUUGAUGACUGUGGUGGACACAAGCUUUGGACCGGAAAGUCUCUCCAGGUCCCACAAGCAGAAACUGAGCAAACGCAACCUGCAAGUCACCAAAAUGCUGUGUGUGCUGGUGAUUGUGUUCGGACUUUGCUGGGCCCCCUUCCAUGUGGACCGCCUGAUGUGGAGCUACAUUGAUCCCUUGUCCGAGCAGCACCUCCAGGUCUUCGAGCUCGUCCACAUCAUCUCCGGGGUCUUCUUCUACCUGAGCUCUGCCAUCAACCCCAUCCUCUACAACCUCAUGUCCACCAGGUUCAGAGAAAUGUUCAGUCACGUUACUUGUUAUCAUAACAGCUGGCCCGCACGCUUCAGCCAACAGAUGACCCAACGCAGCACCUUGAGUGAGAAAAUGCCCAGCAGUACUUAGUUUUGGCCAAUGGAAAUUCAAGAACUGUAUACAUGGAUAGGUGAUCAAUUAAGACCUGGGAGUAGAGAAGUGCAGAUAGUAGGCCUACAUGGAAUAAAGGGUCAUUGAAUGGUUUAGUUUGGACAAAUGUAUGGAUUUUAUUACCUAUACGCCAUCAUUGCCAGAUCUCAUUUCAAGCUACCAGUAUCAGCAACACACCACUAGUAGAGCAAAGAGACUUGAAGAAUGUACAGCAGGAAUAAUUUAAGCUCAUCUAAAGGCAGGGUUUGCUUUAACAAUAAUUACCCGGUAUUGAUUGGGAAAUCUGUUGACCUCAGAAAUAUUUAAAGCUCUCCUUCCCUGGUGAAAUGGUCAAAUCAAUUCCCCUUACGCACAAUUUGAAUUUGAUAAGAGGCUAAAAUAUUUUUAAAUAUUUUUUUCUAUUAAGACAAAAAAAUUGAACACAUUGGUUACAUUACGUUACAUUUAAUUUAGAUGAAGCCCAAGCGACAAGAGCAAUCAGCCUUGAGGUUAGGAAUUCAGAACAACAAUUUGAACAGCGUGUGUUAAAAGAAACAAGAAGGGUAGGCUAAACCAAUGUCUGUCACGCUAUGAGCAAGGUGGAUCAUUCCAGCCUCCCAAUAUCAACACCAAUGCAAGCAAGUCUAAAAACAAUGACUCAAUGAGUAUGAGUUACAGUCUGAAGUCAUAGAGAUUGCUGUUGCCAUGGCUUGGCAUACCCAUCAAUUGUUUUCAAGCUCACGAAACUGAUUUGACCAAUAUUUCUCCAUGACAUUAACAUCUUCCAGGACGAUAGACCUGCAUUCAUUAUUUUCUAAGCGGAACCUUGCCUCACUUGCGGCAUUCCACUUUUUUUUCUUCUGUUAUACAAGGUCCUCAAACAGAAGGUUAUUACCCUCUAAUAUCACGAUUCUUA